GCGCGAGCUCUGGGGUGGCUCGCGCCCGUGCGCAUGGCGAGGUGCGAGUCAGUUUCCCCGUCCGCUUUGCAGGGUUACCUGCGUUGCUGCGGCGGCUGCGGCCGCGGAGAGCGGGGGAAGGAGGAGGAGCAGGAGGCCAGGAUGCUGUCCAAGGUAUCCCUGGUGGGGGUAGCUGUGCUCUCCAGGCUGGUGCUGCAGCUGCAAUGGACACAGGUGGGCCUCUCUGUGCUCUGUUUCUACCUUGCCUUUGGGGGCUGGAGGUUCAUCAGGAUCGUUUGGAAGACCCUUGGGCGUGAUAUCUUUGCUGGGACUGUCCUGUUGAAGGUAAAGUGGAAGGUGAGGAAAUACCUCCGAGAGCGCCAGACGGUGCCUACGAUCUUUGCUUCCAUCCUGAAGCGCCACCCGGACAAGACAGCCCUGAUAUUCGAGGGCACAGAUACCCACUGGACUUUCCACCAGCUGGACACGUACUCCACUGCAGCUUGCAACCUGUUGCAAGCACGGGGCCUGGCUUCUGGUGAUGUGGUGGCUCUCUUCAUGGAGAACCGAAAUGAGUUUGUGGGGCUCUGGCUGGGCAUGGCCAAGCUGGGGGUGGAGGCAGCCCUCAUCAACACUAAUCUGCGGCGGGAUGCCCUGCGCCACUGCCUGACUACCUCUCAGGCCCGUAUCCUCAUCUUUGGCAGCGAGCUGUCUUCUGCUGUCUGUGAAAUCCACAGCACUCUGGACCCCUCCUUGAGUCUCCUCUGCUCAGGAGACUGGGACCCCAGCUCUGUGCCAGCAGGAACUGAACACCUGGAACCCCUUCUGGAGGAAUCCCCCAAGAGUCUGCCCAGUCAACCAGACAAAGGCUUCACUGACAAGCUUUUCUACAUCUACACCUCCGGCACCACAGGAAUGCCCAAAGCUGCCAUCGUGGUGCACAGCAGGUAUUACCGGAUGGCUGCCCUGGUCUACUACGGCUUCCGAAUGCGUUCUAGUGACAUUGUAUAUGACUGCCUCCCCCUCUACCACUCAGCAGGGAACAUUGUGGGGGUUGGACAGUGUCUGCUACACGGGAUGACUGUGGUGAUCCGAAAGAAGUUCUCUGCCUCUCGAUUCUGGGAUGACUGCAUCAAGUAUAACUGUACGAUUGUCCAGUAUAUUGGAGAACUCUGUCGCUACCUUCUGAACCAACCUCCAAGAGAAGUGGAGACCCAGCACUCGGUGCGCAUGGCCCUAGGCAAUGGGCUUAGGCAGUCUAUCUGGACUGAAUUCAUCAAUCGUUUCCACGUCCCUCAGGUGGCUGAGUUCUACGGGGCCACUGAAUGCAACUGCAGCGUGGGCAACUUUGAUAGCCAGGUGGGGGCCUGUGGUUUCAACAGCCGCAUCAUAUCCUUCAUCUACCCCAUCCGGCUCGUGCGGGUGAAUGAGGACACCAUGGAGUUGAUCAGGGAUAACAAUGGCAUCUGCCUUCCCUGUGGUCCAGGGGAGCCAGGCCAGCUUGUUGGCCGAAUUGUGCAGCAUGACCCACUUCGACGCUUCGAUGGGUACAUCAAUCCUGGUGCCAACGAUAAGAAGAUUGCCUAUGAUGUCUUCAAGAAGGGAGACAUGGCCUACCUCAGUGGUGAUGUGCUGGUGAUGGAUGAAUUGGGCUACCUGUAUUUCCGGGACCGAACAGGUGACACAUUCCGGUGGAAAGGAGAGAAUGUAUCCACUACAGAAGUGGAGGGGACCCUGAGCCGACUCUUAGACAUGGUUGAUGUAGCCGUGUAUGGUGUGGAGGUGCCAGGUAUUGAGGGCCGGGCGGGCAUGGCUGUAGCGGACCCCAAGGGUGGCUGUGACCUGACAGAAUUUGCCAAAGCACUGGAGAAGGAACUCCCACUCUAUGCCCGCCCCAUCUUCCUGCGCUUCCUGCCUGAGCUCCAUAAAACAGGGACCUACAAAUUCCAGAAGACAGAAUUACGGAAAGAGGGUUUCAACCCAGCUUUGGUGAAGGCCCUUUUCUACCUGGAUACCCGGCUCUGUCGCUAUCUUCCCCUGGACUCCAAGGCUUAUGUCCGUAUCCAGGCUGGGGAAGAGAAGCUGUGAUUGUCUCCAUCCCUGCUCCCACUCCAGGGGCUGGACUGAGUCAGAGGCUGAGCCCCUGGAGGGUUCUUGGGCAACAGGGAAUGGUGUCAGACCAAAGUAGGCAGUGGUAAGGGCCAUUCCCCCUCCUCCAGAGUACUGACUGGGGCAGAGGGAGGGAAGCCAGUGGACACCUCUGCUCUGAAAUUGCCAAGUGACUUUACUGCCAUCUUCCUCUACCCCCCACAUUAGAGGUUUUCCAUGAAAGCCUUGUGUUUGGGGAGCUGGAGGGCUUAGGGUAGGAUGAGUUCAAUCCUUCAUUUUGUCUCCAUACCCCAGAGAGCAGAGACUGACUGAGCAUACUCAGGGUGAUGUCUUGAGGUGGGGGGGGGAGGGAUGCACAGGAUGGGAGAAGGUUGAGAGGGGAGUUCACUAAUUGAGAUUCUUGCUGUCCCACCCUCCCUGUACCUUGCCAAGAGGUAAGGACCCUGGAUUCAGGAAGCCAACCAGAGGACAGAGGAACUACUCACCUUUUUUUUUUUUUUUGGCCAAGAGGAUUUAGGAUGAAGGUUCUAUUUCUCUUUGGGCUAUGGCUGCUAUCUAAGCUACUACAUGACUUCAGUGGUAUAGACAAAGGAGGGUGGUAGCUAUAAGGGGUCACUCUCCACAGUGAAGAGUUGCAGGAACUCCUCUAGCUCCAAGAGCCACCAGAGCCCUGCCCAGGCCCUAAGCUAGGUGGUGCCGAAGAGACAUCCCCUUCCUCCACACACCCACCAGUUGUCUACCUUUCCUUGGCCAAGACUUUUUCAGUGAGGUCUUCUUUGGCCUUGUAGAUAAUUCCAAAGCUUCUCAGGAUCACUGCAGAGAGAGGGAGAGGCUGGCUCCGUUGCAGGAGCUGCCCUUCCCAUCUCCUGCCCCUGCAGCCUCUCCCUCACCUCAGGAUUAGUUUGUGUCUCUGUCUCCAUUUCUUCCUCACACCCCUUGGCCUGGCUCAUACCUCUUUCUGUGGGACAGCAUGGGGAUGGGGUCUAUGGCAAUUAAAUUCAGAUUUGACUUCCUCUUCCCACUUAA